UUUUUGUUUAUCGACUUGACGCAAUUCAAUCAAUCUUGCUAUUUUGCUUCAAAUUAAAUCAAAUUGUAUAUUAAAAGGUCAAUUUUCUACUAAAUAUAAAAAAGAAUUAUAAUUGAUUUUACAGAAAGCAAAGUUAUCACAUUUUUAUUAGAAUUUGAAGUGUAGUUCAAACAAGUUGUUAAUUUCGUGAUAAGCUUAUCAAUGUUUUACCGGCUUUUCCGGCGUAAGACGUGUUUUUAUUGGGUUUAAGAUUAAAAAAAUAUUUGUUAUUUAUUUAAAAAUAAAAUACCAUGUCGGGCGAAAGUUCUAAUUCUAAUGGUGAUAGAAAAGUGGCACUCAUUACAGGAAUAACAGGACAGGAUGGUUCCUAUUUAGCUGAAUUUUUAAUAGAAAAAGGUUAUGAAGUGCAUGGGAUUUUAAGACGUUCUUCAUCAUUUAACACUGGUCGCAUACAGCAUCUUUAUGGUCAGCCAGCAUGCCAUACUGGUGGGAAAAUGCACCUUCAUUAUGGUGACCUCACAGACACUACCUGCCUUAUUAGUAUUAUUUCUAAGACACGUCCCAAAGAAAUUUACAAUCUAGGAGCUCAAUCACACGUGAAAGUAUCAUUCGAACUGAGCGAGUAUACAGCACAAGUGGAUGCUCUUGGUACUUUAAGGUUGUUAGAGGCGGUCCGCGUGGUCGGCUUAGAGAAAGAGACCAAGAUAUAUCAAGCCUCAACAUCUGAAUUGUACGGGAAGGUGAUUGAAGUGCCACAGAAUGAAAAAACUCCGUUCUAUCCAAGGUCACCGUACGCAUGCGCGAAGCUUUAUGGUUAUUGGAUAGUGGUGAACUACCGCGAAGCGUACGGUAUGUUCGCCUGCAAUGGAGUUCUUUUUAACCAUGAAAGUCCGCGCCGAGGAGAGAACUUUGUAACUAGAAAGAUUACACGAGGCGUCGCCAAGAUAACACUAGGUCUUAUGUCUUGUCUGGAACUAGGCAAUUUGGAUAGUAAACGAGAUUGGGGACACGCGAAGGAUUAUGUAGAGGCGAUGUGGCUGAUGCUGCAACAAGAGCAGCCUGAAGACUUCGUGGUAGCGACGGGUGAGGCGCACAGCGUACGUGAGUUCGUGGAAGCUGCGUUUGCUCACGUGGGGCGCGCGGUGCAGUGGCGGGGGGAGGGGGUGGACGAGACGGGACACGACGCUAACACCGGGGAUAUACUCGUUAGAGUCAACCCGAAGUACUUCAGGCCUACUGAAGUUGAUCUCUUGCUGGGCGACUCCAGUAAAGCUAAAGAGAAGUUAGGUUGGACCCCCAAGGUGACCUUCCAGCAGCUCGUCAAGGACAUGAUGGACGCCGACCUGGACCUCAUGAGGAAGAACCCGGAAGCCUAAUAUGGAUUAUAGAUGUAAUAUUUUUUAUUUAUCGUCAGCGCUUGAGUUGGCACGUCGAGCGGUAGAGAAAUAGAGUUAUCGACGUGUCAACUUAAAUGCUGGACACUAUUAAGUGUUAUUGAAUAUAAUAUAAGGAUAUCUGUUUUAUUUAUAUUAAAAUACUUUUAUUUAGAAAAAAUCAUGAAAAUGAA